GCAAAAAUGAACAAAGUCCCACAAAAUGAAGAAAACUUAUCAGAUGAAUUCCUAGAUGAGCAUGUUUGAGUCUCUAGUGUUAAAAAAUUAUCUCACUUGGAAGAAAAUAUGACAGAGUCCCCAUUUCACAGUGAAGUUGCUUUUAAUAAUUUCCAUAAGGCUUCAACUGUAAAGAUGGCAAGAGAUAGUUCUGAUGAUCUUUCAAUGCAGAAGAAGAGCGCAAUGACCUCAAUUCCGUUCCAUUCUGAGAAAGUGAUCUCAGAAAUAUCACCAUGAAAGCACACCCUUCAAGGCGACAUCAAAGACUUGCUUCAUCAAGUAAUGGAUAUGAGGAAGAGAUCUCACUAUCAUCUUGAUGUGCCAGAAAAAUUAGAACAGAGAAAAAGGGAUGGAAACUCUAGAAGGAAGUCAUAUGUGAGAGAAGUCACGAUGAAGGAUAUUCAGAAGCCUGACAUAUCUGAUUAAUCUUGCUAAAUAACUU